GUUGUAUCCACGCUGAUCUUGUAUUCUUUUUUCUUUUUAUUUAUUUUUUUUACAAUUUACCAGGCCCUUUUUCCAGGGGCCAAGUCUACGCUCGCUAUAGCCACUGACCAAUCAGUGGUUGAGGAGUUCUUUGCUGAUUUAGAUCUUUCCGUGUCAAGUCCUUGUGAUGAAAUUGCCAUUGAAUACUCCAGGGCUGGCGGAUACAACGUCAUAGUUAGUCAUCUUUUGCAGAUGGAUUCCAGUGUCUCUAAUGUUUGUCGAAUUUCUGGAAGGAUCUCUCUUGCACGGGUGGCCGGAUCGAUUCAAAUUAUUCCAGUUGGACAUGUGGGGCUAAUGGAGAAAAACGGAUUUAUCCAGCCUGUGAUCAAAAUAGAUCGUCGUGUUUCCUUUAACCACACCAUUCAUAGACUGGAGUUUGGAGACGCUUUUCCUAAUCGCAUCUCGCCGUUAAAUGGCGUUUCAUCCAGCGGAGUCAAUGAGAAUCCCUUUUUUUUCAACCAAUACUUUAUUAGUAUCAUCCCAACAUUUUGGAGUAAAAAAUCUAUCCUUCCGAUUCUAUCCUCAAGUGGAGUGUCCUCUUUCCAGUAUGCUGCCCAGUCGUACUCCCGUUCAUUAUCUGAAAAUGCCGUUGGAAAGUUUGGCAUCUUCAUGCAGUUUGACUUUGAGUCAGUUAUCAUUGAACAAACAAACAAAUCGCUUUUUACCUCUGAGAGCGGAUCUUUUGGCGAGCUUUCGCUUCUCAUUAUCCAACUAAUAGGGGUUCUAGGUGGCUUGGGUGCCAUCUCCGAUACCCUCUAUUGGCUUCUCAGCUCUUAUGGUCCCUUUUCGCUAUCAUAG